AGGGCUCCAAGACAGCCCAAGAGGCCCCCAAAACGGUCCCAAGUUUUUGUCCGUAGCCAUUUUGGCUCAAGCUCUUUCGUGGUCUCAGUUUGGUUGCUUGCUGUUGUCAUUGUUUUGCCUCGGGGGGACCCCGACAGUCCGUCGAUCGAACCUGCUGGAGGCGGGGCGGGCCGCCAGAGCAAGCGUCAGAGAAGAUCAUGGCAGCCCUCUUGCGCCGCGCCCUCGCCCGCGGCGGCGCCGCACCCUCGGCUCGCGCAGCCAGCGCGGCGUCCCCGCGCGUGGUCUUGGAGGAGAGCGCCAGCAAGCUGGAGACGGCCAUGCUCAGCAACGUGCGGUGCUCGCGGUGCUCGCGGCACGAGCUGCUCUGCACCUUCAAGUCGCCUCUGACGGGCACGCGCAACCGCCACAGCCUGCAGUACAGCACGACCGAGCAUCUGACCGCUGUUCCCAGCCAUGGCGACGAUGCCUUCACGGAUGCGUCGAACGUAAAGGGGAGCGGAGACGGCAUUUGGGUGUUCAUGAGCCACGCUUUCCACACCGAGGCUACCGUGUACCUGCGACCCGUGGAGCACCGCCACAUCGACCCCUCGGUCGGCUGCGUGGCCGUGUACGCCGCCAAGGACUUGGUGGUGGGCGAGCCCCUGACCUUCGACUGCACGCUCAACGAGUGGGAGAUGUCCACGCCCUUCACGUGCCUCUCCACCGGCCGCACUGUGCAGGGCUUCAAGCACCUCACUGAGGAGGAACAGCUGGCCGCGAUGCCGCACGCGUGGGCGCACGUGAGGCAGAUGUACGACGAGCACCGUGGCAUGGGCGCGUCGGUGACCAGCCUGCGCCUCGCGGGACCAGAACACUACUAGUGGCUCAAGAGUAGGCAGGAGUGACAGGGAUUUGCACGGGGCUCUGCCCAGCGCUCAGGCCUUUGUGAGUGCCAGAGAUGGUUCUCUUCUGCAACAGGCUCGCCACACCCCACACACACACACAAACACACACACACACACA